AUGUCAACUGCUGCACUUCCAAUGAAGAAUGGAUUGCAGUUCAAAGAUGCAUACACUGUAGUGUAUAGUCCCUCAUGUGAAUCCCGGCAGUCUGGAUUUGUAGAAGAGCUGUUAACUUCACUACAUCUUAACAAGAGAACAGAGAAAACUCUGCAAGCCGAAGUGAAGGAAAUGACAAAGGAAGAAGAAGAAAUAGAAUGGGAAUCUCCGCAUACACAGCUACACUCCUAUAAUGAUGAUAAUGAUAAUAAUAAUAAUAUCGAUAUCAAUACACCCAUUGGAUUAAAUGUCGUUUUAAAGUUAUUGCAGGAUUGUUGUUUGAGGAAUGAUGAUAACUAUCAAGGGGAGGAGGAACAGAAGUUUAUAUCGACCAUUACCGCCAUUCGAUCUCUUAACUCAACAAGAAUAGGAUCAUCCCAUUCAACUAUAGAUACAGACUUCACAGGUGUGCCACACACAGUGGACGGUGUGUGUUUGGCCAAUAAACUUCAUAUAAAACUGGAAGAUUUACAAUUAAUGGAUGCUUUCGGUCAACCACAGCGGCAACAACAAGAAGAAGAAGGAAAAGGAAAAGGAAAAGGAAAAGAAGAGGGAGUACAUAAAAUACCUUUUUUAAGAAAUGUGUUUGAAUCUUUCUGCAUAGUGACAGACCAGUCUAUUCCAAAGUAUCUCUAUUAUUUAAUGGAAUCCCUCUUUUGUGAACUUCCCUAUUCUUGGUUACUUCACACAUUUUUUGCCAACACUCCAAUGUCUUUAAUUGGAACAGAAGAGGGUUUUCAUAUGACGAAGGAACAACUUGAACUGCAGGAGUCUUCACUUCGAUUUCUUCUCUCUGUAGAGAAUGCAAGAGAUGUAAAUAACCCUGAGGAUUCACAAGAAAGAAUAUGGAGAACCCAACAACUACAUAAUAUGUUAAAUGAAGUUACGAAAGUACAUGAGGUAUUUAAUAGUGAUAAGUUUCUUAAAUAUAUUGCAAAGGAAUGGCAUCAGUGUAUAGAAACACUUCGUAUUUCUUUAUCUACUUUAGAUGAAACCAUCUCUGGAUUUUCUCCUCCUAUACUUUUGGAAUACUUUGAACGAUUAUUAUUACUAUCUCCACAACGAGUUUCCUAUCGAAUUGUUCAUUCCUUUUUAUUACCAUUAGUAGAAUUAAAUUGCCGUGAGGAUUCUAUUAAACAACCCGUAAAAGAUAAAAAUCAUCAAAUUCAAAGUCUUGUAGUUCUUCUUGCUACUUCCUUUGAUGGGACUUCACUAGAAGAAGUGGAAUAUUUUCUUCAACCCUCUGAAACUGAUCAUACUUCAGAUGUGGAGAUAUUUCUUGAGGGAACAGAACUCACCGCACGUUUAUAUAGACAUUUUUACGAAACCUUUGUAAAACUUCUUCGAGCCAGUUCUCUUUAUAAAGUAGAUAUUAUAUUUAUACCUUCUCCUUUCUUUGAUAUAAAUAAAUCCCCAUUUAUUCGUUCUGUACAUCCUACUCGUCUUGCUAGUGUAGUACGUUCACACUUUUAUGCCCUAUUUGAUGUCUUUGCAGAGAAAAAAACGUGUAAAGUAAAGACAGUAGUUUUUAUUGGUGGGAUUUGGGUACAGACAGCGCGUGGUUUCUUUCAACAGUGGUUAUCCGAAAAAAAGAAAGAGGAAUUAUCUAUUUAUAUGAUCUUUAAACAACUUUGGGAAGUAGAAAAAGAAAAUGAGGAGGGAUUAAAUCCUCAUUCUUUUUUCCCCUUGCUCCAUCACAUGAUUACAAGUGUUCCUACCGCUCAAGUGGCGGUUUUUAUUCCGGCAUCUAAAGUAACACUUCUUUCUAGACGUUAUGGUCUAUUUCCAUUAAUUCCACCAACACACAACAGUGUGAAGAAGGAAUAUGGAAUUGUAUGGAAGAACUCAGUGAAGACUAGAAAUCACUUUUUGUUUACAGAGAUGUUGCAGUUUACAUUAAUUCCUCUGUUAUCAUACUCUGUGUGUGGUGGGGCUCCACUCGCGUAUAUCUAUGAUACUUUUACAGAAUAA